CCAGCAAUCAGCUGUUCGGAUGUCAGCUGUUCACACGGCGGCCUCUGUACUGACCAAUCAGGAGUGCCCGAGUGCGAUUGUACCAUGACGUCAUUCUUUGGUUCCACGUGUGAUGAGGGUCACAUUGCCUACCAGUUCAACUCCAAAAGUGACAAGCGGCCUUCGACGUUGACAUUGGAUCUCCCUGAACGUGAUUGGACGACAACCAGCGUUGACGUCAUCGUGUUUGGCAUCAUCACCAACCAAUCAGAUGCGAACUUGUGGCGACUGAGUAGCAACACGUCACGAGAUUUCAUCGAAGCCAUCAUUGUUAGUGUGCAAACGUUAUUUGGUUAUCUUUCUUUGAGUUUGGAUGACGGUCAUCUGAUGAUCAUUUACGACGUGGCCAAUGAGCAGCUUCCGGUUGGACUAUUCUUCCACAGGAUCGACGACGGCAAGUACCACGUGAUCAACUUCGUCAGGAUUGGUCCCAAUGCAACUCUCAAGGUCGAUGACCACAUGCCUCAGCCCAAACAACCGCAAGGUGAUGAUGACGACGACGACGAUGAUGACGACAAUGAUGAUGGUGAUGAUGGUAAUAAUAAUAAUAAUGGGAACAUUUGUAUUUUAUUUUCUUAA